AUUUCCGAAAACAUCUUUGGUUGUUCUGAACAACACCAUUUGAUGGAGAUUAAGAAAACAGACGUAUUUUAAAAACGCUAGCUAAAACUUGUGCCAGUUCCGUGGAGAAUGUCUUUAUUCCCGAGGCGUCGAGGUAAAUAGUCGAAGAGGAAUCCUGCAACACUAGAGGAGUCAGCGUGGCCGAGCAAAGGCUGAUGUUCAUAGAUAUUGAACCGACUUCAGACAGCUCCGCUUCUGCUGGAGGCAGAGCUGAGAAACGCCUCUGGACUCGUAGUGACAACACCUUCAGAUUCAACUUCCUCCCUGGCUGCUCUCCGGCACUUGAGGAGAAAACAUCUCCAUCAGACAGAACCGAGCCAGAAAGGAGCCACAUAUCCUUUACCGGAGAGGGAUCUGCUUUUGCCUUCAAUUUCCAAAUCCCUGGUGAUACACCUGUAGAAGACAUGGAGACAGGAGAGACCCCAGACACGUCUUCUCAAGGAAGCCAACGGACCGUCCAAGAGGAAAAGCCUUCCUUGCUGCAGGAGGAUAACUCUACACCUGAACUGUCAGUGCAAACCAAAACAAAGAAGAAGAAGAGGAAAUCUGGAAAGAAAAACGCCUCAGAAUGCAGCGAGGCACAACAGAUGCCAGCUGAGGGGAGUCAAGGAGAUGAAGACACACAGCUGAGUGCAGAAGAGCAGCUGAACAGACAGCUGGACUGGUGCAUCGAACAACUGGAACUGGGAAUGAGAUCCCAGAAGGGCACGCCGAAACAGAAGGAGGACGCCUCUCGUGCCCUGAAGACUCUACGUAGCUCCAAAGCUCCCCUGGUCAAGAAACGGCAGGUGAUGAGAGCCAUGACUGGAGAGUACAGGAAAAAAAUGGAAGAGGAGAAGAACAAACAGUUCAAGCUCAUUCAGAGCGAAAUUGCAUCAGCUCAGGUCAAAGUUGUGUCAGAUUCCCCAAAGAAGUCUGUUUUCUGCCAGAGAGCUAAAGUCAAAACCCAGAUCCCAAACUCAGAGGAGAACCCGCAGGAAACUGAAGCCCAGGAUACAGGCCUGAUACCAGAGACUCAGGAGGAGACACCGGCUUUUGUCUUUACUCCUUCAAAGGAUGAGUUUCGCUUCAAUUUUCUAUGAUUUUUUUUUUUUUCAAACCUGAAGAUAAACUUUUCACCAUGGGUUAUGUUGGACUGUGCUUGGACAGUCUGGUCUGAGCUGGACAUUUUUUGAGACAGAAACAAUGUAAAGCAGAUAAAACAAGGGGCUGCACUGGAGAUAAAGGGAGAAAAAAUGAUUAUAUCACAGUGCUAAUAUUCAAAAGCUUCAACUGAUUGCUCCUUGUACUAUGUGUCUAAAUAAAUAACUUUGUAUUUUU